AUGAUACUGCUGAGAUUCGCUCCAAGUCCUACUGGAGCUCUUCAUCUCGGCGGUCUUCGAACUGCCUUGUAUAACUACCUUUACGCGAAGAAACAUGGAGGAAAAUGGAUCAUGAGGAUUGAGGAUACGGAUGCAACACGGUAUGUUCCCGGUUCGGUGGACAACAUCCGUAAGGCAUUGGAUUGGGCUGGUUUAGAGUACGACUACGGUCCUGGGAAAGACGGCCCUCAUGCUCCAUACUUUCAAUCAGAACGUCUCGAUUUAUAUCGCUCGUAUACGAACAAGCUUCUGGAUUCGGGACACGCAUACCGCUGCUUCUGCUCUCCAGACCGCCUCACGGCGACCCGCGAAAAGCUAGCGCGAUCAGGCUCGAACGAGACGUACGACAAGCAUUGUUUAUACUUGUCGGAUGAAGAAGUGGCUCGGAAAGUUCGUGCUGGGGAGAAGUCGGUAGUUCGGUUGAACGACGACAAACUUCCUGCUAGGCCGCCUUCUGUUGACAUUGUCUUCGGAAAACUCAGGGACUCGCAUUUAUCACUUCCAACCGAUCCCAUCUUGCUCAAAUCAGAUCUCUUCCCUACCUACCAUCUUGCAUCCGUAGUAGAUGACCACGAAAUGGGCAUAACUCACGUUUUACGGGGAGAGGAAUGGCUACCAUCUCUCGAUCUACAUCUUGAUAUAUAUGCAUGUCUUAACAUAUCCAGUCCGCAGUUUGCCCACAUCCCGAUCCUCGUCAACGCCGACGGCUCGAAAAUGUCAAAACGCAACGGAGACGUACAAGUUGCUGAUUACAUACGACGGGGAUGGGAGCCAGCAGCUAUUCUCAACUGGCUUGCUCUUGCUGGAUGGGGUGCUCAAAGAGAGGUUACAGAAGUCACCGGUGGACCUUUGGACUCUCCUCGUAGCGUCCAAUCUUCUCCAGCACCAGACAGCACCACUGUCAUGACCAUGCCCGAAAUGAUCGAACAGUUCGACUUGCCUGCGCUUACUCAUCGUAGCACGAGCCUCGAUCCGACGAAGCUAGAAUAUUUGAACAAACACCAUCUCAUGCGAGUGUGGUCAACGCCCGACGGCCUCGACUCAUUGGCGCGUCGUCUCCAUAUUUUAGUCAAGGAGGCAUUCCCCGCCAGCCCGUUCACCACCGUUGACUAUAUCAAGAAAAUCAUUAUGAUAUUGCAGGGACGUCUUACCAAUGUUCAAGACAUAGGGCUGCACACGCCAUACCUCUUCAUCGAACCCGAUUAUAGCUCAGAGGAAGCUCAAAUUAUGAUCAAGAAUAUUCCAGAGGAAUCACGCCAGCGUACGCUUCAUGCUGUUCGCGACCGCCUGAAUGAUUCAACACAAUGGGACAAUAUCGACAUUGCGGGGAUCCUUCAUGAAGAGAAUGAUUCACUUGGACUGUCACAUAAAAUAUUUAUGACAACGUUGCGGCACACCCUCAGUGCCAUGAAGAAUGGUCCAAGUGUCCCCGAAAUCAUGCAGGUCCUGGGUCGUGAAAGGACGCUAGCAAGGCUACAAAACCAUAUUACUAUUACGGUCGACAAAACGGACUGA